AUGCUGCUCCUUGACUACCAGAACGUGCUCAUUGAGUCGCUGCUCAAGGACCGCUUCAGUCCAGACUCGACCCCCUCAUCGAUCGAUCAAGUCGUGUCGGACUUCGACAAUGUCACCUUCCACAUCUCGACGCCCAACUCCAAGACCCAGAUCCUCAUCUCCAUCGCAGUAAAGUGCUUUCCGGAGCUCGUCAAGUACGGCGCAGAGGCGAUCCUGCAGCGUGAAUAUGGACCCUUCAUUGUCUCUCCCGAAUCAGGCUACGACUUCUCCGUCCAAGUCGACCUCGAGAAUCUCCCAGAAUCUCAAGAAGAGAAGGAUGAUCUGAUCAGGCGGAUAAGCUUGCUGAAGCGCAACGCUAUGGCAGCACCCUUCGAGCAGGCAUUCGACGAGUACGCAUCUUUGGCAGAGCAGGCGGGUCAUUACACGAGCGAGAGUGCACCACAGGGUGUGAAAGAGGGCGGAGAGCUACGAGCGAUACAUUACCGCGACCAGGAAGCAAUCUAUGUCAAGGCCAGCCACGACCGUGUGACAGUCAUCUUCAGCACGGUCUUCUCGGAUGAGACAGACAGGAUUUACGGCAAGGUGUUCUUGCAGGAGUUUGUCGAUGCGAGAAGGAGAGCUAUUCAGAAUGCGCCGCAGGUGUUGUUCCGCAACGAUCCGCCUCUGGAGCUGCAGGGUGUGAGUGGGCUUCCGAGUGGCAAGGGCGAGGUGGGAUAUAUAACAUUUGUGCUCUUCCCAAGGCAUCUCACACAGCAGCGGCGGUACGAGGUCAUCUCGCAUAUUCAGACGUUCCGCAAUUACUUCCACUACCAUAUCAAGGCUAGCAAGGCAUACAUUCACAGCCGUAUGCGGAGGCGGACGGCAGACUUCCUGCAAGUCUUACGAAGGGCUCGUCCAGAGACCGAGGAGAAGGAGCGAAAGACGGCCAGUGAUGCAGACGCAGCCGCUCUACGCUACCAAUCCGCCCCCGUUGAGUUUCAUUCUACCACUCAGAGACCAAGACAAUGCAGUUGUUAUGUCUGUCAUGCCAUCAACGAAAAUCGCUGCGAGCUGGCCGACUCUAUGCUGAAUGGGACUCGACUACCUUACUUUUCGGCCGAGUACCUGGACGCUUGGCAGCUCAGGGAGCAGCACGAGGAAGAUCAUUGCUUCGAGACCGCGCCACAGACGCUAUCCGAGGCCGAGACAGAUCUCUCUGAUGGAGACGAGACGGACAAGACCGAAGAAAGUUCGCACUUGUCUGCCGAACUACACGGAGUGGAGCACGGAAGCAAAGUUGUCAGUGUGGUGAAGUCAGAUGAACCGCAAGAUGCAGUCGAGCUCCAGCCCGCCGAGGAAGACCGCUAUGAUGGCGUAUUCAUGGUCUGCGACCACUGCCACGCCCACGCUCUGCCGUGUAACGAAGCCUCUGUCUGCGAUCAGUGCCGUCUCCACAAUCAGGCCUGUGUCCACCGUUGGUGCCGCGACUCGUCCGAGAGUAAAGCCGCUUGCCAGAAUCCCGACUGCCCCUACGUUCACGAGGACAGCAUGCCAGCCACCGAUCGCGAUCCAGGCUAUCUCGUUCUUGACGGUAGACUAGUCCCAUACAUGGCGAGAGGUCGCAUCCCAGCAAGAUCUACCAAGAGGCUGAACAGAACCACCGAUGUCAUCGAGCGCAUGAUAAUGCUCAAUGCAAGGCAGCGUCAAGGAUGUGCGGCAAUUCAGGCUGCGGUCAGUGGGGGUCUGGGUACUACUAAUAAUUUGAGCUUGAACUGUGAUUGUCAGCCUUUGGAGAUGGCACCGAUGUGA